AACCGGCCGACGCUCAGCCGUCGAUCGAGUUGCGGUUCAAUCGUCGUCGGAGCCAGACGUGUCCAAAGUGUCAAAAAUAUUAGUUGAGAUUUACUGAGAACUCAUACGGGUGGAAUGAGAUCACAAUGGAUCCGGACAACGAUAUAUAUGCCUUCUACGACAUAAGGGGUUACAAGGGGAAAUGUAGACCGGGCAGGCCGAACUCGGAACGAAUCCUGCAACCGCGAAUGUCGCUCCUAGGAAAGCCGCUGAACUACAACCGCGGCACCCGCCGCGAUGUUCGCUACCGGCGCCUCCAGAGUCGCCUCUACAACUUCCUGGAGCGGCCGCGCGGCCUGCAUGCCAUCUUCUACCAUGUGAUGGUAUUCCUGAUGGUGUUCACCUGCCUGGCGCUCAGUGUGUUUUCCACCAUCAAGGAGUACGAAGAGGACGCCGUCUACAUCCUGUUCCGCAUGGAGAUUCUGGUGGUCAUCUGGUUCACGAUGGAAUUCGGAGCCCGUCUUUGGUCAUCGGGCUGCCGAUCGCGAUACCAGGGCUGCCUGGGUCGGAUGAAGUUCGUGAAACGACCAUUCUGUAUUAUAGAUAUUGUCACCAUUUUAGCCUCAAUCGUAGUAUUAGGGAUGGGCACCUCGGGCCAGGUGUUUGCCACGAGUGCUUUACGUGGCCUCCGGUUCUUUCAGAUUCUUCGGAUGGUGCGCAUGGAUCGACGGGGCGGCACCUGGAAGUUGCUCGGCUCGGUUGUAUAUGCACACAGACAGGAGCUGAUAACAACCAUGUACAUAGGGUUCUUAGGUCUAAUCUUUGCAUCAUUCCUGGUCUAUAUGUGGGAGAAGGACGUUAAUGACAAGUUUAGCAAUUUUGCCCAGGCCCUCUGGUGGGGAGUGAUCACACUCUGCACAGUGGGCUAUGGAGACAUGGUGCCGAUCACCUGGCAAGGCAAGCUAAUUGCCUCCUGUUGUGCUCUUCUGGGAAUCUCCUUCUUCGCUCUCCCUGCGGGCAUCCUUGGAAGUGGAUUUGCUCUGAAAGUGCAGCAGCAGCAGCGGCAGAAGCACAUGAUCCGGCGACGCCAGCCAGCGGCCACUCUCAUUCAGGCCGUGUGGCGAUGCUAUGCGGCUGACGAGCAUUCCGUGUCGGUGGCCACGUGGAAUAUCCACCGGGUGGCCCUGCCCAGUCCACCGGCUUCACGGGCGUCCUCCAGCUUUAAGCACAACACGUCCUUCGUGGCCCGGCUGCCCACCAUCCGGCGGCACAAGAGCCAGACGAUCCAGACUCCGGGCGGAGGCGACGGCGGCGGAGUGUCCAAGCCGCCGGGCUCGUCGAGAGCCUCCACGAGGUACACCCGCACCAUCCGGGACAUCAAUGCGUCCGUGGAGAACCUGGAGGUAGUACAAAACGGCAAAUCCAUGAAUCCAAGUUUCAGCGAAGAUUCAGUUGCUGAAACCACUUGCUUAAAAAAUAUUAAAAAUUCAGACGCCAGCCAGCCCGCGACGCUGGCCCACUGCAAGCUCAGCUCGAGUGCGGGCUCCCUGGCCCAGUUUCCUGAUCGGGAUCAGGAUCAGGAUCAGGAUCAGGAUCGGAAUGGGGAUGGGGAUCAGGCUGAGGAGCAGGCCAAGGUCAGUGGUUCUAGGAGAAAUCUCACCAUUCCGGUGGUGCUCUACGGCUUCCUGCACGGCAGCUUCUUGGGCUCGACGCUUUCGCUGCGCAAUCCUCGGGUGGCUCCGGCCAACGAUCGGGAUCUGGAAGCUGGCCGGGAGGAGGAGGAGGGAGAGGUCCAGAGAGAUACUUGCCAGCGGAGCAACACCUUGCCGCUGCCCGCCAAGCCGGGGAGUCCCUGUUCCAGUCCGAAUCCCAGUCCGGGCAGUGGACGCACAGGUCGCUUUUUUGCGGCUGCAUCGCACUUUCUGGAGACCGGAUUCAGCACCCCAAAUCCAACUGGCGAUGUGGCAAAUGAGGAGGACGAGCCGCGCUGCACGCAGCUAACCAACCGGCACAAAACCGCCAUCAGGUUCAUACGCAAGCUCAAGUACUUUGUGGCACGAAGGAAAUUCAAGGAGGCCUUGAAACCCUACGACGUUAAGGAUGUCAUGGAGCAGUAUGCAGCCGGACAUGUGGACUUGUUGGGUCGCGUUAAAAUGCUUCAUUUGCGUUUGGAUCAAAUCCUGGGCAAACAAGGCUCCAAGGGCAAGGAUGUGUAUGCAUCCAAAAUAAGCCUAGCCUCCCGCGUGGUUAAAGUCGAGCGGCAGGUGGCUGACAUCGAAGAGAAGCUGGACGUGCUGAUCAAGGCGUACAUGGAGGAUCGUGAUAGAUUCCUGGCUCUUCCGCUGCCAGCCAAGCCCAAAAUACAUUCCAUUAGUCCUAGCCACAAGCCCCUGCACCACGCCCACAACCUGGCGAUGAUCGAUGUGUGGAAACGGACCGCGGCACUCAGUGUGCAUCCGGAGCAGGUGACCACCACACCGCUGCUGAAUCCCUCGGUAGCAGAUGGCGCCGAUCUGCGAUCCCUGACAGCCACACAAACGGUCACGACGACAACCGAUGCGAUCGCCACACAAACCCCCAUGCCGCCGCACAUGCAGCAUACAGCGACCAAUACAAAGUCUUCCGUGCUUAACUCAUAUCAGCUGGGGUCUGAGAAGCAGCAGCACAAUGAUGUUUUUAUGACUGAAUUAGAGAAUAGAACCAAAAAACGUGUUACGUUAAGCCUACAUAGAUCCACAUCGGAGCCGUAUAGCAAGCAGGAGCAAAGGAUUACCAUACCCGACGAGGGAGCCGAAUCCCUGGACAGCAGUGCAAAGCCAACGCCGCCAGAUAGUUCAAUUAUACUAAUCGAUGAGUACGAGGACUUCGAGGAGGAGGAUCUGAACUGUGAAGGUGAAAUGGAUCAUUUCCCCUCCUGGGAGAUCGACAGUGAUAUUGGGGUGGAAGUGGAUGUGGACGCGGAUGCCGAUGGCGACUGUGAUGAGUCCACCGAGGACACAGCCCUGCUGCAGUGCGCCACGCGCACCGCCAUUGUUAUAACACCAAUUAGCCCAGUAAGCUCCGCACACAAUCUUCAGCAAUUAAAUGACCAAACUACAACGCUUAAUAAAUCAAAUUUGCUUCCGCCAGACUCUGGAUAGUUAAUUGCAAUUAAAGUUAGCCUAAAUGUAGUUAUUACAUUAUCAUUAGAAUUAUGUAUUAUGUACUAUGGAAUACAUAUUAAUGUCAUUUUCGGACAUCAUUUGUGUUCAAGUAAUUGGUAGCAAAAAACUGAAAAUCAAGUCAAUAAACAUGCUUUAGCAAAAAGUCUUACAUUACCGAAA